AUGGAAGCCACUAGGCAGAGUAUACAAUUUAGUGCUAUUGGAUUGCAUAAUGAGAUGAAAGACUUUAUAGACUACAUUUCUCCGAAUCCUGAGGAACAGUUUGUUCGUGAAGUAGUAGUUGCUAAGGUGAAAGAUGUUGUUUAUGGUCUUUGGCCGAAUUGUCAAGUUGACGUGUUUGGGAGUUUUAAAACGGGACUAUACCUUCCUACAAGUGAUAUUGACAUGGUUAUAUUUGGCCAGUGGGAUGCCUUGCCCUUACAUACCUUGGAGCAGGCAUUAUCUAGGAGUGGGAUUUCUUCUGAAAUCAAAGUUUUGGACAAGGCUACGGUCCCUAUUGUAAAGAUGACGGAUAAAGAAACGGAACUCCGUGUGGACAUAAGUUUCAACAUGACCAAUAGUGUCCGGGCAGCAGAACUAAUCAAGACAUUUAUCAAAAAUUAUCCUUGCCUUCCUUACUUGGUGUUCGUGCUAAAACAAUUUUUGCUCCAGCGUAGCUUGAACGAAGUAUGGACAGGUGGACUGAGCUCAUACGCACUCAUCUUGAUGUGUGUUAGUUUCCUACAACAGUCAUCACGCCCCGAAGUUUCCAUUGAUGAUAUCAACAUAGGUAUCCUUCUUGUCGAGUUUUUCGAACUUUAUGGGAGACAUUUCAACUACUUAAAUGCCGCUAUUCGCGUUACAAACGGAGGUUGUUAUGUUCGCAAGGAAGUUGUGCAGCAAAAUAUGGAGAGAGGUUUGCGUCCAUCACUUCUUUGCAUAGAAGAUCCACUAUGUCCCGGUAACGAUGUUGGUCGUCGAUCAUACUGUGCUCUACAAGUCAAGCAAGCUUUCGAGUAUGCGUAUGUUGUUCUCAGUAGUGCUGUACUUCCUCAUUAUCAUUUCCUACAUUGUAAUACAGAUGUUUCAGUACUUGGACGAAUCAUUCGUGUUUCUAAAAAGUCAAUUGAAUUCCGUCAGAGAAUCCAAGAAUAUGGUCACCGACUGCAGGUUUCACUGCCAAUUAGCAUGAAAAUGCUGUCAGCGAGUACAAGCAACAGAUCACAAGCGUCCGUUUUUCCUUCGGCUUCCUGGUUCUCACAGGCCAAUCCGAAUACAGUCAGAGAAACUAACUGUACGUCAUCUCAACAAAAUAACGGUUCUACUUUACAGUCAUUACCAGUUGCUCCUUCUAAUGGACGGCAUGACAUACCAAUUUUUAUAUUGUCCUCCAAUCCCAAUGCCAGUUUACCGCACGUAUCGGUUGCAUCACUUGCACAAAAUAACCGUCUCACUGAUGAAAAUGUUUCUCGGUCCCAAAUGAAUAUCUCCAUGGUGAAAGCUGGCAGUGUUGCUAGUUUGAACAGCUGUAAUGAACAGGUCGAAGUGAUCAAUUGUAACUCUUCUGCUGAUGGGACGGAUUGUAAAACUGAUACUAACGAUGAAGUUGACGUUGAAGAACCCGGAGAAUACAGUGUACUGGCAGAUGCACUUGCUUCCUUAACCACCUAUAAUAAAGUGGAAAAGCACCAGAUUUCAAUCUCAACUGAUGAUUCGUUGAAAUCUGCAGUGACAUCAACCCGUAAGCCUCGCCAGGGUCGGAAACGACGCUGUUUACGUGCUUUAACAUCCUUGGGACCCGACUCAGGUAACUGUACAAAACGACCAUCAACAGCAACUGUCCGUGACGAUCGUACCAUACUCUUUGGUUCUCACGGAAAUGUUUUCCCGGUUGAAAAAUGCAAUUCCCAAGACCAUAUCUGUGGGGAGAAAAACAGUGUUCACAAAGCCGCCGAAAAACCACAUCAAGGGGCGUUGCAUAGCUUUCCAACCUCAGCUGUGUCUCAGGUUACGCACUCAGAUAGCCCAAGUGGUAAUGGUUUUCCCCGCUCAUCUCAAGCACAUAAACGUCAUGCAGUGACUUCUAAACGCUCAAAAUAG